AUGGCGAAAGAGAUUUGUCCGGACGACUCUUUGAUAGGACACGUUGGGCAGCAAACUUCGGUCAUCUUCAAAGGGAUGAACAGGACUGGCAGCCUGGUUUUCCCAAUGAGCAAGAUGGGAGAGGCCUGCCCCGAGAGCUACCAGUAUGACCUGGUAAACGAUGGGGCCGUUCUGGAUUUAAGCACAACGUCCAGCAUCAAGUCGGAGGGCAGUGCUCAUUCCUCUUGGGAUUCUGACGGAGACAAUGAAGAAGGUCCUGGGGUUUUGGAGGACAGUGACGAAAGCUGUGAAAGUCCACCUUUGAUCCCGAAUGAAGACCUCUACCAAGACUGUUCUCUGAUGGAGAAGACUAACGAGAGUUUCUCAAGCAUACCUUCCAGUUUGCCAAUAACCUGCCACAUAUGCCAAAAAAGCUACAGUAAUAAAGGAACUUUCAGGGCCCAUUACAAAACAGUCCAUCUCCGCCAGCUCCACCAAUGCAAAGUCCCAGGUUGCAAUACAAUGUUUUCUUCUGUGCGCAGCAGAAACCGACACAGUCAAAACCCCAAUUUACACAAGAGCUUGAUCAGGUCAACAGCUAGCCCCCAGUAA